AUGGCAUUGAGCGAUCUCGUACUGGAUUUUUACGAGAUGACUAAUGCAAGUCGAGUUGAUAUGAGUGAUUUCGAAUUACUUCGUGUACUUGGCACAGGAGCUUAUGGAAAAGUUUUUCUUGUGCGGAAAAUAACCGGUGCCGAUUUAGGUAAAUUAUAUGCAAUGAAAGUUAUUAAGAAAGCGGCUAUUUUACAAAAAGCUAAAACAGCUGAACAUAUUAAAACCGAACGACAAGUUUUAGAAGCUAUUCGUCAGAUACCUUUUUUAGUAUCACUGCAUUAUGCAUUUCAAAGUGAUGCUAAACUUCAUCUAGUUAUGGGUAUAUUAUGUCAGUGGUGGAGAAUUGUUUACNCGUCUUCCUCUUUAACCAAUACGUCUAUACCUCCUCCAACUAUUACCAAUGGUGAAAAACGUCCAUUGACAUCACCUACUCAUCAUCCAUUAGCAUCAGUCAAUAAAAAAGCGAAGAGAUCAGGUACGAUAACUAUCGAUGAUUAG